AUGCCAUAUAUAGGUUAUGAAUAUCGAUUAACUCCUACUAUGAAUAAAUAUGUUAAUUCAUUGAUAAAUCAUUCAAAUGGAUUUAAUAAUGUUAAAAAUAUAACUGUAUGGUUAAAACCAAUUAUUAAAAAUUUAUAUUAUUUUAAUAAUAUACAAUCAUUAACAUUAACAUGUGAAGAUGAUGAUGAUGAUCAAAUAGAUGAAUAUAUAUUAUCAGAAAAACAAAUAAAAUUUCUUCAUAUGACUGUCAAUUUAUCCAACAUUAAACACUUAAUUAUCGAUGAUGAAUGUUGCAUGACACCAUCAUUAUUAUUAAAAAUAUUAAUACAAUCACCAUGUCUAUCUGAAUUAACGAUUGAAAAUAAUAUUUUAACAUUAUAUCUGAAAAAUAGUCAAAUAUGUGAAUUAUUAAAUAAAAAUAUUAUUAAACUGGAUAUCUCUGAUGAUAAUCGAAAUAUAUAUAUAAAAUCUAAUGAUAUAGAUUCAUUUUAUAGUGCAUCAAAUUGUCAAGAAGAUCGAUGUUAUAUGAGACUUGAUAAUUUAUUAUUAAUAUUAUCAAAAUGUAGAAAAUUAUCAAUAAUAAUACUCGGCAAGAUUAGACAAGAUAUAUAUUCAUGGAUUCAAAUCAAUGCAUCAACAUUAAAUAUUGACUUUUAUUUUACAUUGAUUGAUUAA